AGAGAGAGAGAGAGAACUCGGCAGUGCGCUCCCCUCCCCACCCCACCUCCACCUCCGAAAACCCCAGCUCGCCGCGUCUAUCCUCUCCGUCUCCUUCGCGGUUUUAUUUAUUUAUUUCCGUUCCCGCCUGCGUUCCCGGUGACCUUCACUCUUCCGCGGGCUCCGGGCAGAAGAGUGGCUUUCUAGUCCGCCGGAGACUCCUUUUCGUCGCCUGGGGAGCUGCGGUGGCGCUGCUCCGCCCCACGCCCCGGGGACUCCCGGGCUACGCAGUCCAUCCAGGCGCCCCGGGCCUCUCCACAGCCUGGUUUUCCCCGUUUUGAUUGUUUUUGUUUUUUUUUCCCCUGGUGCGGGUUUUGGCUUGCACGGCUGAGGUGUGUGUCUCCUCUCUUUGGAGGGGCUGGGGAGCUGCGGGCUGGUCGUCUUCGGGAGUAAACCCUCUUGGCUCUGUCUACUUGGCUCUGUCUCUUCGGGGCCUCACCCGACCCAAACCAAAGACCAUGGUGCACUGUGCCGGCUGCAAAAGGCCCAUCCUGGACCGCUUCCUCUUGAACGUGCUGGACAGGGCUUGGCAUGUCAAGUGCGUCCAGUGCUGUGAAUGUAAAUGCAACCUGACCGAGAAGUGCUUCUCCCGGGAAGGCAAGCUCUACUGUAAAAACGAUUUCUUCCGAUGUUUCGGUACCAAAUGCGCGGGCUGCGCGCAAGGCAUCUCCCCUAGCGAUCUGGUGCGGAGAGCGCGGAGCAAAGUGUUUCACCUGAACUGCUUCACCUGCAUGAUGUGUAACAAGCAGCUUUCCACCGGCGAGGAGCUCUACAUCAUAGAUGAGAACAAGUUCGUCUGCAAAGAGGAUUACCUAAGCAACAGCAGUGUCGCCAAAGAAAACAGCCUCCACUCAGCCACCACCGGCAGUGACCCUAGUUUGUCUCCGGAUUCUCAAGACCCGUCGCAGGACGACGCCAAGGACUCGGAGAGUGCCAACGUGUCAGACAAGGAAGGUGGUAGCAAUGAGAAUGAUGAUCAGAACCUAGGCGCCAAGAGAAGGGGGCCUCGCACCACGAUCAAAGCCAAGCAGCUGGAGACUUUGAAGGCCGCCUUCGCUGCUACGCCCAAGCCCACACGCCACAUCCGCGAGCAGCUGGCUCAGGAGACUGGCCUCAACAUGCGGGUCAUCCAGGUUUGGUUCCAGAACCGGCGCUCCAAGGAACGCAGGAUGAAGCAGCUGAGCGCGCUGGGCGCCCGGCGCCACGCCUUCUUCCGAAGUCCGCGCAGGAUGCGGCCGCUGGUGGACCGCCUGGAACCAGGCGAGCUCAUCCCCAACGGCCCCUUCUCCUUUUACGGAGAUUACCAGAGCGAGUACUACGGUCCCGGGGGUAACUACGACUUCUUCCCGCAAGGCCCCCCGUCCUCGCAGGCGCAGACGCCCGUGGAUCUACCCUUCGUACCGUCGUCCGGGCCGUCUGGAACGCCCCUGGGCGGCCUGGAGCACCCGCUGCCCGGCCACCACCCAUCGAGCGAGGCGCAGCGGUUCACCGACAUCCUGGCGCAUCCUCCUGGGGACUCGCCCAGCCCCGAGCCCAGCCUGCCCGGGCCUCUGCACUCCAUGUCGGCGGAGGUCUUCGGGCCCAGCCCACCCUUCUCAUCGCUGUCGGUAAACGGCGGGGGGAGCUACGGGAACCACCUGUCCCACCCCCCUGAAAUGAACGAGGCGGCCGUGUGGUAGCGGGGUCUCUCCCACGGUCCGAAGAGUUCGUGAUUGUACAGAAACGAACUUUUAUUUAAGAAAAAUAGAGAAAGAGAGAGAACGAGAGAGAAAAAAAAAAGAAAAAAAAAACAAAAAGCAAACCUCCCCCCGCGCCACUUUCUCCAGUCUCGGAAGACCAUUCUCGGUAUGGAGAGACCAGAU